AUGGACGAAUUUGCUCAAUCGCGAGAGGACGACGACCUCUUUGCCGAUGAAUUCGAACCUAUUCCUGAGCCCAUCACCAUCGUCCACGAACUUCCCACACCUGCCACUGAUCGAACGCGGCCUGCAGACACCGGCAUAGGAGAAAACACCAGAACGGCAGGUGGAGCAAGCGAUCCAGCAGGAACCUUCAAGCACACAAGACGAGACCAUGGCCAACAAGAUAGAAGGCAGCGAGGACGUCGAGGUGGAACAGGUCCCAAUGGCUUACAGCAAUCCCGUUAUGCUCAUCAAGAUGAGCCGACUCCAGCUGCAGCGCCGAAUAUAGCACCCGCAACAUCGGAAGUCUCAGCUACAGACCAAGGGACACCGUCCUCCGAACCCCAGCCUUCGUCUUCCAAACCUCCUACCCACCCCGAAUCUAGACCUGGGCCUCCGAGUAUAGUAUCGGCACGAAUGCCAGCCGUACGGGGCGACCGCUCUGCCACUGGCGGCCCAGUACACAAGAAGCUAACAGAUGAGGAGCUCACGAUCAAGCUUGAAAAGAUGGCUAUCCUCAAUGCGCAAAAGGCCGAACGUCAUCGUCUCUCCGAAGCAGAUCAGGCGGCCUUCCAGCACCGAGAGAAGGAACUUGCGAAGGAGCGAAGAGAGAAGCGCGUGGAGGAACAGAAAAAUAGCAGACAGAUGGAGAUGGAGCGGGCCAAAAACAGGCAGAGGAAGAUACAGGCACAAGGCGUACGAGAAUGGGACAGUGAAAAGGUGGAAAGUGAUAUCGUUGAUGGAAAGGGACGUGGCAGGACUUCAGAGUAUGUUAGGGGUAACCAUGGCGGGGUGAUUCGAGGAAGGGGUGCGGGACUGGCGGGCAGCAAGUACGCGGCUGCCGAGGGCGACGAGGCGUCUGGAGGAGUACCUGAGGAAGAAUACAAGUCGGCCAGAGGACGCGGUAGACACGAAAUUCGUGGUCGGGGUACAGGUGGCAGAGGAGGAAGCCGUGGGGGCAAGUUGAGUGGUCAGCCAAAAAUGGUACCAGCUCCUGAGGAUUUUCCUUCACUACCUACACCACCAACAUCAAACACGUUUGCGAAGACAGAGGAGAAAGGCACAUCUUCCACCGCCGACCAAACACCUGGAGAGUGGGCAGAUGAAAUGGCAACACCUGUGGAGGAAAAGCAUAUGACUAUUUAA